UAUUUAAACUAUAUUCCCGUCUACUGAAUAGAAUAGUAUGUUAUAUCCAUAUUAAGAAACAAAAACUGUUUUGCGAAAAAGAGGUGUACCAUGGAAUAAGGAAGUUGCCUCCUUUCUCUCUGCUUGCGCAGUUGAAAGCAAAUCAAGGAACAAGAAGCAUCGAUGGUUGUAAAAAUCAAAUGAACGUUCGUUCACUAAGUUACCUACUCGUGCUGUUAUUUAGGGGAGAAAUUCAAUGGAGUUCAUUCGUUCACAAAAGAUACAUUUUUCUACAUUUGUGUUUUUGUUCGAGUGUGCUAGCAUGUUUUCAUCUGUCACCAAACUUAGGAUUUGUGGAUCGCUUGAUGCACGCCGGCGCCUCGCGACAGCAGCGCGGCGGCCGCAGCGUGGCCCGCUUCCCCGAGGAGGAGAAGGAUGCUGCCUUCUGGCGCGCGGGCGCGCAGCAGAGGCUGCGCGACGCGCGACAGCGCCAGCCCAACACGCGGCGCGCCAAGAACCUCAUCAUGUUCCUGGGCGACGGCAUGUCCAUCCCCACGCUGGCCGCGGCGCGCACCUACCAGGGCCAGCUGCAGGGCCAGCCGGGCGAGGAGUCUCAGCUGUUCUUCGAGACCUUCCCGUACGCCGGCCUCUCCAAGACCUACUGCGUUGACGCGCAAGUGGCGGACUCCGCCUGCUCCGCCACCGCCUACCUGUGCGGCGUCAAAGGAAACAUCGCCACCAUCGGCGUCACCGCCUCCGUCGUGGAGAGCGACUGCAAGGCCAGCCAGGACAAGUCGACACACGAGGCGGGCAAGGCGACGGGCAUCGUGACGACGACACGCGUGACGCACGCGUCCCCGGCCGGCGCCUACGCGCACACGGCCGACCGCGACUGGGAGAGCGACCGGGACGUGAUCAAGGACAAGCUCAACCCCAGCGACUGCCCCGACAUCGCGCAGCAGCUCAUCACGGGCGAAACGGGCAAGAACUUCAAGGUGAGUGCUCUUGGCAACACUUUCUUGGUUUCAACACAAGCAACAACUACAAAGGGAGUGGUUUUGUUAUGGAACGGCGGUCAGAACUUGCAGAAGUCUUGUCAUGAUGUCUUGAGAAAGCGACAAAAAUGUGAUUCUGGGCGGCGGGCGGCGCGAGUUCAUCCCCGAGGACCUGGAGGACGAGGAGGGCUCCCUGGGAAGCGCAAGACGCCAGAACCUCAUCGGCGAUGGCAGAAGGACAAGCAGGCGCGCGGCGCCCGCCACCAGUACGUGUGGAACCUGGACGGCCUCCGCAGCGUCGACUACAAGAACAACGAGUACCUCCUGGGUCUUUUCGAGAGCUCGCACAUGAUGUACCACCUGGACGCCCUGCAGGCGCCCUACAACGAGACGGAGCCCACGCUCACCGACAUGGUCCGCGCCGCCAUCACGACCCUGCAGCGGCACAGCGAAGGCUUCCACCAUAUGUCGUUAGUAACUGUACAAUCACGCUCCCGCGCUUAUGAAAUAAACUUGCACAUUAUUUUAACUACUUUCAGUAGUUUACAUCGCCAUCAAAUUGAUAUUGGGCAAAUGACGGGCGCGACUGAACCCCAAAAGCGUUCUUUUUUUGUGACAUUAAAUUCUGUGUCGAUCAACGCUUGUGGCGGGCGCAUCGACCAGGGCCACCACGAGACGUGGGCGCAUAAGGCGCUGGACGAGACGGUGCAGAUGGCCGAGGCCGUGCGCGCCGCCGCCGAGCUCACCGACGAGCAGGACACGCUCAUCGUGGUCACGGCCGACCACGCGCACACCAUGUCCAUCAACGGCUACCCCGACCGCGGCAACGACAUCUUCGAGGACAAGGACUACGAGUACCCGGCGCUGGCGCCGCGCAGCAGCGAGACGCACGGCGGAGACGACGUGGCGGUGCUGUCGCGCGGGCCGUGGGCGCACCUGCUGACGGGCGUCUUCGAGCAGAACUACAUCGCGCACGUGAUGGCGUACGCCGCCUGCAUCGGCUCGGGCGCCACCGCCUGCGAGGACGCCGGCGCCGCGCGCCGCCACUGACACCGCCCCCCCUCCAUCCUCCAUCCUCCAUCCUCCAUCCUCUUCCUUUUUCUCCAUUUGCGGCACCCCCUCCCGAUCGAACGUAGCCACCCUUCCUCAAACUACACCAAACCAUCACAUCGAGUCCAAAUGCAUUGAUGAGUCAUUGAAAUUGUAUGUGGUGCCAAACCCACAAAAAAAAUCACAUUUGAAACUUUAUUGUUCUUUCAGUGAAACCCACAUACGAAAUCUUCAGCUCGUUUGAUACUAUUAAAGCUUAGUGUCCAUAAUUGAUUCUCAUUGGACCCAUUAUCUUCUCAGCCGACUACACUUCCUGAAAACGGGGUACAAUGGAACUCUUCAUGUCUUUCAAAGAAGAGCAUCAUUCAUAUAAAGUUUUGUGUGCUAAACGUAAAGAUUCUAGUGAGUUCAAAACGUAAGAGCCAUCAUGGGUUAUGUUUAUCUUGAACCCUAUUAGGUUCAUUUUCUAUUGUGUGACUCCUAAGCAGCAAAACUUUAGAAAGUUGCUACUUUAAAAUCCUCAUACAACUUGCAGUUCAAACUUCGGGGGAAUUUUCUUAUGUGAGAUUCACAGACAAUAAUUCUAUGGUAUAUUGAAUACGCCAUAUUCAAUACUGACAAAUAUAGCAAUUUUUGUGCAAGCAGACUAUCGGUGCUGCUUUUUCUCUGAAAUAGCUGAAAAUGAUAUAUAUUUCCUUUCCAAAAUUGGAAUAAGUCCCGGACGUACUAAGCUUUUGACAUUACAUGUAUAUAAUUUGUGUUUAUAAUAUUACAGUGCUGUAAAAUAUUUUAUUUGCAGAAGAUUCACAGUUAAAUUGUUUCAUUACACUUCCCACCGAUUAGUUACCUUAUUUUGUGUCAUUAUUGAUUUUAAUUUUAUGUAUCAUUCUGUUUUCUUCAUCAAAAGCAAGUUUUUAAUCAUCAAACAAAAUACAUUCUACUUUCACAAAUAUUGUUGCAUAUGUUGAUGCCUGAAGUAUCACAAUAUCUCAGGUUUUGGGUUUUCCAGUAAAUAUUUCUGAGAAAAUUCUCUUAUAUUUGUACAGUGUAAAUAUUAUUGUGAAGAAAUAUAGAUACGUUUGUAGCAUUCU